CCACACCAGAUUCCUUCUCGCCGUUCUCUUCACUUUCCUCCCUCAUUUCCCACCCAUCAUUUCAUCCUGCUGCAAAAAUGUCAGCAGAACCAGUAGGAAAAAUGGGUAUUAAAAAAGUCAACAAGGCAUGGUGGAAAGAAGCCACCAUCUACCAAAUCUACCCCGCCUCCUUUGCUGACGUGAAUGGUGAUGGAAUUGGAGAUAUUCCAGGGAUUAUUGAGAAGCUCGAUUAUAUCAAGGGUAUUGGUGUGGAUGUUAUUUGGCUGUGUCCUGUUUAUAAGAGUCCGCAGGUGGACAUGGGAUAUGAUAUUGAGGAUUACAAGGAGAUUCAUGAUAAGUAUGGGACGGUGGGUGAUAUUGAGAAGUUGAUUCAAGGGUGUAGAGAGAGGGGGUUGAAGUUUUUGAUGUGAGUGGAAUGGGAAAGGUGCGGUGGGAGGAGGAUUGGGGUUGAGGCUAAUUGAUGGGUAGGGAUUUGGUUGUUAAUCAUACGUCUGACAAAGUAAGUCGUAUCUCAUGAAAUAAUUCGAACUUUGAGGAAGUACUAUAUACUGAUUAAUUCAUAGCACUAUUGGUUUCAAGAAUCCAGAAAAUCAAAAGAUAAUCCCUACCGAAAUUUCUACAUCUGGAGACCCGCCAAAAUCCUCGAGGACGGAAGUCGUGCACCACCAAACAAUUGGGGUGCAGUAUGGGGAGGUAGGUCACCCCCCUUUUUUUCGAACUCAUGUUCAUAUUCAAAUACAUCUUUUGAGAUCAAACUAAUGUUCGGAGUAGGAAGUGCAUGGGAAUGGGAUGAACAAACCCAAGAAUACUAUCUUCACAUCUUUGCACCUGAACAACCAGAUCUGAAUUGGGAACACCCACCUGUCCGGGAUGCAGUUCAUGAUAUCAUGAGAUUUUGGCUUGAUAAGGGCGUUGAUGGAUUUCGGUGAGAUUACUUUGUCAUUCCCUCCUCCAUCUCUCACCGUAUGACAUGAUGAAUUACUCUAACGUGUAAUUGUCAGAAUGGAUGUUAUAAACUUCAUCUCCAAAACUCCCGGUUUACCAGAUGCCCCUAUCACACGGCCAGAUCAGAAGUACCAGCCGGGGGACAUCCAUUUUGCUUGCGGACCAAGGUUACACGAGUACCUCCUGGAACUAGGCACGAUUCUCAAGGAGUACAAUGCCUUCUCGGUGGGCGAAAUGCCUUCAGUUCAUGAUCCGAAGGAGAUCUUGAAUGCGGUACAAUUCGAUAGAGGGGAACUGAACAUGAUAUUCCACUUCGAAAUGUACCUUCCCUCCCCCUUCCCAUUUCCCCCAAUCCAUCCCAUCCCACUAACACCCUCACACAGCGUCGAUAUGGACCACGGCCCCCGAGGAAAGUUUUCCCCCAAGCAAUGGUCAAUGACCCAUCUGAAAUCCAUCGUAAACAAAUGGCAACGUUUCAUGCUCGACAACGACGGCUGGAACGCUCUCUACCUCGAGAACCACGACCAAUCGCGUUCCGUCUCGCGAUGGGGAAAUGAUAGCGAGGCCUUCAGAGUGAUAUGCGCGAAGAUGUUUGCGACAUUUCUGGGACUGCAGAGUGGGACGGUAUUCUUGUAUCAGGGACAGGAAUUGGGGAUGAUUAAUGUUCCAGUUGACCGACCGAUCGAGGAUUAUAGAGAUUUGGAAACUUUGAAUGCUUGGGAGGAGUAUGUUUAUCCGUCUCCCCAAAAUCCCCCUUUUUUCGUUUUGGAAGAUGGCUCUCCAGCUUCACUGGGUUUGAGAUGGAGACGAGAUAUCUUAUAAAGGAUAUUAUCAUUAUACUGACACCUCUCUAGAAUCAUACAAAGAUACCCCGACGACAUCGCCCUCCAAAAGUCCACCAUGUCCGAAAUCCAAAAGAAAUCCCGCGACAACGCACGAACACCAAUGCAAGUAAGUAUCGCACACCAUCCCCCUUAGAACCCCUCAUUCCCAUUCCAUCCUCCCCUUCGCAUCCCUCUAACAACCCUAGUGGUCCCCCACCACCAACGGCGGUUUCUGCCCUCCCACCUCCAUCCCCUGGCAAGCACCCAACCCCUCCUACACCACCAUAAACGCAUCCACCCAAGUCUCCUCCCCAGACUCCGUCUACACCUACUGGAACACCAUCCUCUCCCUCCGCAAAUCCCAUACCGAUAUCUUCGUCUACGGCGAUUUUCGCAUGAUAGAUGGGGAGAACGAUGAUAUCUUCGCUUACGUGAGGACGUUUGAGGGGAAGAAGGUAUUGGUUGCGAACAACUUCCGGGAUAGGGAUGUGAGGUGGACGGUACCUGAGGGGAUGAAGGUUAAAGGGGAAGGUGUGCUGGUUUCGAAUUAUGGUGUGCUACCUGAAGUGAAGGAGGGGGUGGUAGUGAUGAGAGAUUUUGAGGGAUUUGCUGUUUUUGUGGAGUGAAGGGGGAUUGGGGAGUAAACUUCGCUUCUGAGAUCUCGCUUAGAGGUGGUGUCAGGGGAGGAA